GCGCGAGAGGUCGCCGCAGAGUUGGAGCGGCGCGGCCGCGGAGUGUGAUGCCAGCGCGCCGCCCGCCAUGGCCACGCUCGGCCUUUCCAAGGUGUUCAUCCUCGACAAGUACUUCACCGAGCUGCAGAAGUUCUGGGAGACGGAAAAGAAGCUGCAAGACGCCUCGUCAUCGAACGAAGCGGUGCACCUUCAGCGUCGGCUGCUAAGCCUGAGCUCGGAGUUGGUGACGCUCCGCAACCACUUGCACGUGGGCGCGGCGGCGGGGGCGGCGGGGGCGGCGGGCGCGGCUGCGGGCAAGCCCGCGGGGCCGGCCGUGCCGCCGCGCGCGCCGCACCUGCUGCCGCCCCAACCGCCGCCCGCAGCCGCGCUCGCGCCGCCGCCGCCGAAUCUGCCGCCCCCACCGCCGCCGCCGCCAGAAUCGCGAUGGCGAGCAGCGGCUCCUACUGGCAACAGCGGAGCGUCUGGCGGCGCGGCAGGCGGGGACGUCGACGACCUCAUCCAUCUGCGCGGGCCGCUCACAGAGGACGCGGUGGUGCGCGCGCUGCAAGCAAGAUUCUACCACAAUAAGUUCUAUACUAUGAUCGGGCCGAUCCUAGUUGCCGUGAACGCGUACACGGACGCCAGCAAUGCCCUCACGCUGACGGCGGCGCGCGCGCAGCGGCCGGAACUAGCGAGGCUGGUCCAGGACGCCGUAAGACACCAGGCUGAUACGGGCUACCCGCAAGCCAUCAUACUUUCAGGCGUGUCAGGCUCGGGCAAGACAUACGCGUCGAUGGUGCUGCUGCGGCGGCUGUUCGACGUGGCGGGCGGCGGGCCCGAGACCGACGCCUUCAAGCACCUGGCCGCCGCCUUCACCGUGCUGCGCUCGCUCGGCACCGCCGCCACCUCCGCCAACUCGCACUCUAGCCGCAUUGGCCACUUCAUCGAAGUUCAAGUAACAGACGGUGCCCUGUACCGUACGAAGAUUCACUGCUACUUCCUAGACCAGACGAGGGUGGUGCGACCCCCACCCGGCGAGCGAAACUACCACAUCUUCUACCAGAUGCUGGCCGGAUUGACCCCUGAGGAGCGCACACAAUUACAUCUGGAUGGGUAUUCCGCACAGGAACUGAGGUACCUAGCGUCACCCCACCACCGGCGACCGGAGCCAGAAGACGCGACCCGCUUCCACGCGUGGAAGACCUGUCUCGGUAUCCUCGGCAUCCCGUUUCUCGAUGUGGUGCGGGUGUUGGCGGCGGUGUUGCUGUUGGGAAACGUGCAGUUCGCGGAGAGCGCGGAGGGCGGCGCGGAGCCGGCGGGCGAGGCGGAGCUGGCGGCGGCCGCGGCGCUGCUGGGCGUGGGCGCGCCGGCGCUGCUGCGGGGGCUCGCCACGAGGACCGCGAGGAGGACGCGCGCGCCCGCCGCUGCCCCCGCUGCCGCUGCGGCUAGGGAUGCAUUGGCCAAGGCUCUAUACUGCCGGACAGUCGCCACCAUCGUCCGACGCGCGAAUUCCCUGAAGCGGCUCGGCUCCACACUAGGGACGCUAUCUUCAGAUUCCAACGAAUCUGUCCACAACCAAGAUGCGGCUUCCCGACGGACAUCUAGUGCGGGAGGCGGGGGAGGCCGGUCGAGGGCCGGCGCGCGGUCCAUGGCGGCCUUGAACGACGCCGUGCGACACGCCACUGACGGCUUCGUUGGCAUCCUGGAUAUGUUCGGCUUCGAAGACGCCGCGCCGUCGCGCUUGGAACAUCUGUGCGCGAAUCUGUGCGCGGAAACCAUGCAGCACUUCUACAACACGCAUGUAUUCAAGUCUUCGGCGGAAUCGUGUCGUGAGGAAGGCGUGUCGUGCGCCUUCGAAGUGGACUACGUGGAUAACGUGCCGUGCAUUGACUUGGUGUCGUCGCUACGAGGCGGAUUGCUCGCGGCUCUAGACGCUGAAUGCGCGGCGAGAGGGACGCCCGAGCAAUAUGUUACCAGGAUCAAAACUGCACAUAGGGGUCACCCGCGCCUAGCAGAGUCUCGCCCGCCGCAUCCCCGCCGCUUCGCCGUCCGUCAUUACGCGGGCGAGGUGUCGUACGACGCGGCCGACUUCCUCGAGGCUAACCGCGACUCCGUGCCCGACGAACUGCUGGCCGCCUUCGACACCAGAACUUGCGAAUUCGGCUUCGCCACUCAUUUGUUUGGAACCGAACUAAAGGCUUUAGCAGCGCACGGCGGGCCAAUAGGUGGUCAGUUCCGCGCGUCGCCGACGGUGGCCACUGCGCUGGACGCCACGCCGUCCACGCUCACACAGGACUUCCACACGAGGCUCGACAACCUGCUGCGGACGCUGGUGCACGCGCGGCCUCACUUCGUGCGCUGUCUGAGAGCCAACGCCACUGAAACGCCCAUGCUGUUCGAGCGCACCACUGUCGCCAAACAGGUCCGUGCGCUCCAAAUCCUGGAGACGGCUCAACUGAUGGCGAGCGGAUAUCCUCACCGCAUGCGGUUCCGCGUGUUUAGCGCGCGGUACAAAGCUCUUUGGGCGCGGGGCGGCGGUGAGGGCGACGGAGGGGAGUGCGGGGCGGGGUGUGCGCGCGUGCUGCGUGCCGUGGCCGCCGCCGCCGCGCCGCCCGCGCCCGCUUCUACUGCCGCUGUGCGCUGGGCGCUGGGCAAGCGGCAUGUCUUCCUCAGCGAGGCAAUGAGACAGGUGUUAGAACGAAUGCGUCGUGCGCGACGUCAAGCAGCGGCGGAGUGCAUCCAAGCCGCGUGGCGCCGGCACCGGGCGCGGUCGCCGCGUCCCGUAACAAGCACCGCGACUCCGGCGGCGAGGCCUCGUCCAGCGCCGAUCGCUGGCACGCCGCCACCGGAUCCGGCGGAGAAGUGUGACCCCGCACUGGCCAAGAGAACUUGUUCGCUUGCAGGACUCGAUCUAGAGCGGCCGCCGCCGCUGCCGCCGUCGCGUGCGUACACCGUGACGGGCGGCGUCAAACUGGGCUACCCGCAGCAGCGCAGCGUGGUGGCCGAGUGGGGGGAGGAGGGCGGCACGCUGCGCCUGCACGUCGGGGACACUGUGCUCGCUGUGGGCGCCGCCAGAAGGGGGCAUGUCACCGUGCAGGUUUGCGGCCGCCGCGUUGUGGUUCCGCACUCCGUGCUGGGUCCCCCGCGCGCCCCUGCCCCCCGGCCCCCGCCGCCCCCCGCACCCGCAACACAAUCUGCGCCUGCGCUAGCGUGACACAACACUGCUGCUACUAUUUAAUCGAAGUUAAGGGAAUUCUUUGGACCUCCCACUUGGGGAGUCUGUUUUAUUUCUCGGUCUGUUUAAGGAGACGGAUAUGCCAGUCGCAGUUUUGAACGAAAACAUUUAAACAAACCAAGAUGGUAGAAGGACCAUCGCAGCAUAAUCGGGCCCUUACUUGGUAAAGGAUAUUGUUGCGACGUGUGGCACUGUGACUAUACUUAUAGAAAGGAAAGAAAACUUUACACACUAAAAUAACGCCGACGUGCUCGCAAUCGCUUCAACAUCCCUUAUUGUGUAAAAGAAAACCGCCUUAUCAAACUUUCCAAUAUGUCUUAGAGAAUUUGUUACGGGAGGCUCACACCCAGCAACUUUCCCUCGCUUCCUCCAUAGCAUUUUCUGAGGCAGCUCACUGAUUGGUGCCUAUUAUCCACUAAGUAUAUGUACAUAAUAGCCUAAGUAUUUAUAUGACACGGCCUCGAGCCUAGUUUAUGUAUAUUGGCGAUGUGGCAUAUAGUAUGUACCUAUAGCUUUAAGAUAAAUUAAGUUAUAGAUUUUAUUAAUAUUACUUUGCAAUAAAAUAAGUAUUACAAAAUGACAUUAUGUAAAGACUCUUAACUAAACCUACAUAUUUAACCUGUAUCUGCAACAACCACUUCAGACGCCUACACCUCUAGUUCCACUUACUUGCGCCAAAGCAUCUUUGUCUUAAUAAUACGGUUGCAACUUCUGGAUCACUUUAUAGUACAAAGUUUACCUAACAUUAAUAUGAGUAUUCAGCAAAUAGUUUAUUGUCGUUCUUCGUCCGAAGCAAGGCGAAUUCACACAAAAUGUUAUGUCCUGUUUAUAUUGUCGCUUAUCUAUACUGAACUCAAGCAUAAGAUUUUUAUAGUUAUGCUUAUAGUUCUUUCAAUAAAACUUCGUUAUGAAAUGGAUGCAAGUUGACAAAUUCAUAUUUACGUUGUAUCUUAGUCGUUCCUACUUCAUGAUCAUAAUGUAUCUGUCUUGCAGCCAUUCUAAUAGCCAAGCUAUAUUUAAGGAAGUAAAAGAUACCGGAGAUCACAAAGUGUAAUAGUUUCCAAUUUACCUAGUUACUGUUUAUGUUUGUUUAUCUGCAAAAACACUUAAAUAAAAUUAAGCUUGACAAUCUUGUAAGCCCACAAAACGCAGUGUAGAGCUUGCCAACAAGAGUCUGACAUAAGUAGUUGUAGUCGACAAACAAAUGUCCUAAUUAAGGUUGCGCAUAAGGUACAGAUAAAUAAAAGACAAAUUUUGAAAAUA